UGCCACGACUCCACAGACAGCGGCUUCUUGAAAGACUGGGACACGGAGCCUUGGAUAAAGACAUAUAUUUAGAUACAUUUUUGUACAUUUCUCUUCCGAGUUGGACGAAUAUUUUUGGAUUUAAACUCAGCGUGUGAGUGAGUUAGCUUGCUUGGUAACUCUGUUCUGCUGAAAGCGAAGGUUUGAAAAGGAAGGACACUUGCGAUCAUGGAUAUCUAUGACCCCCAAACCCUUGGCAUUGUUGUUUUUGGUGGCUUUAUGGUGAUCUCAGCAAUCGGGAUCGCCCUGGUCUCCACUUUCUCCAUGAAGGAGACCUCUUAUGAGGAGGCCUUGGCAAAGCAGCGUCAGGAGUUGGCUAAGGCCCAGCCCCAGCAGCGGACGGAGAAGAAGAAGAAGGAUAAGGCAGCUGAAAAGAAGAACCGUGAGAAGAAAAAGAAGGAGGAGAAGCCCAAGGAGUCUGAAACAAUUCCUGAUGCCAAUAAAGAAACAAUAGAAGACCAGGACGUUUCUCUAGAGUCUCAAGGCCAAAAGCCAGAGCCUGUGCAUGCUCCUAAAUCUGCUGCGGCUCCAGUUGAUAAGACUGCCCCCGCUAUUUCCAUAAAAUCCACGGAGCCCUCUGAAUCUAACACCGCUCCAAGCUCUGCUUCUGAAACCUCCCCCACCCCUGCCUCUAAAGCCUCCUCAGCCACUGCAGCUAAAACUUCCUCAACUUCUCCCUCUAAAACCUCCCAAACCCCUGCUGCUAAAUCUGCCCCAGUUCUUGCACCUACUACUCCUGUGCAGCCCGCAGUUUCUGCCCCCACCUGUCUUGCCCCUACAGAGGUUCCAUCUGCCAUCUCCCCCAAAGACAAGAAGAAAAAGGAGAAGAAAGUUGUCAAAGUGGAGCCAGCCCCUACCCAGGCACCACCCGUGGUCAUGCUGGAAACCGUGGUUAAAGAGGUUUCUGUGAUGGCCGUGCCUCCAGUGGAAUCCCAGAAGAGUGUUCCUGUGGUUGAGGCUCUGGCUAAAGCAGAGAAGCCUAAGGCAUCAGCUCCAUCCAAGAAGAAAGCAGGAUCAAAGAAGAGCACAGAAUUUGCAGUAGCUGUGGAUGCUGUAGAUGCUCCUCUACAUCUGCCUUACGAAACCCUGCUGUCCACACUGAAGAGCAUGGUGUUCAGUGAAGGAGAAGCCCAGCAGCUUAGUGAGAUCUUGUCUGAAAAGACUGGACUUCAGGACACCUGGCACACGGCCACUCAGAAGGGUGAUCCAGUGACGGUGUUGAAGAAACAGCUGGAAGAGAAGGAGCGGCAGGUGUCUGCUGCACAGGAAGACUCUAUUGCUGCCAAGAACCGCCUGAGAGAGCUGUCUAAAGAGCUGUCUGCAGAGAAGUCAAAGGUGGCUUCAGUGGAGACCCGGCUGAGCUCUCAGCUGAGUAAGCGUGAGCAGGAGAUGAUUGCUCUGCAGGCCCGCAUGCAAGCCAGCUACCAGGACCAUCUUGCUGAGACACAGCAGCUCAAUGCUAAAGUUGCAGCUCUGCAGGAGCAGCUGGAGAAAGGCCCCAAUGCUCAGCUUGCCCGUCUGCAGCAAGAAAAUUCCAUUCUCCGAGACGCCCUCAACAAAGCCACCAGCCAGACAGAUAGCAAGCAGAAUGCUGAGCUGGCUAAGGUGCGACAGGACUGCGCUAGGCUGAAUAAGGAGCUGGGUGAGAAGUUAGAGGCUCUACGUUCAGAGGAACAGCUCAGGAAGAGUCUGGAGACUAAGGCCAGUGUUGCUGAGAAACAACUUUGUCAGCUUCAGACAUGCAGGGUGUCUAGUGAGCAGGCCCUGCAGCGGAGGCUAGAGGAGGUGAGUGAGGAGCUGAGGAAGGCUCAGGGCAGCAACAGCAGUCUGCAGACACAGUUGGGGCAGGCUCAGCAAGACAGCGUCGCCCUCACAGAGGUGCGUGGGCGCAUGGCUGCCCUGGAGGCGGAGCUGAGGGAGCAGGUGGGACAAGUGGAAGGCCUGCAGGCGCAGUUGAGCCAGGCUGAGCUGGAGAACAGGCAGCUGCAAGAACAACUGGGCUCUGUCCACACACUGCUGGAGGCCAGCCAGAGCAAGGAGCAGGAACAUAACACUGAGGUUUUGGUGUCAGAGCUGGAGGAAGCAAAAAUCAGCCUGAAGCAGAAAGAGAGCAGAGUGUCUUUGCUUGAGGAGGAACUGACUCAGCUGAGAGAUACAGUCUCUAGGCUGGAAGGGGCUGCAACAGAGACAGAGUCACCAUCAAACAAUGAGAACCAGAACCAAGUUGAAUCACUACAAGAGGAGCUCAGAAGCCUGUCGGAGGAAUUGGAAAGGCUUAAAACUGCUGAAAACAGAGCAGCAGAGUUAGAGCAUUUACAGAAAAGCUUGAGAGAGAGGGAAGCUCAGUUGUACUCCCUUGAAGAGGAACUAAAACAGCAUAAGGAGCACAACACAAAUCAGGUUAACACCUCAACACAGCUGGAGUCUCUGCAGAACAGUCUAAGUGAGAAAGAAAGGCUCGUAACAGAUCUACAAGAAAAGCUGCAAUGCCUAGCUGAGGAAGCACACCAGGCGAAGGAUAAGAGUGAUCACAGCACAGAGGAUCUGCAGGCAUUCCAGACUGAGACCAUCAGUGCACUACAGUCACUUUUCCCACACAUCAACAUAAACACCAAACAGGAUAAAUGGUUACAAGAGUUUUCAGAGAAAGCACAGGAGACUAUCAGUGCAAGAGAACAGUGCCUAGAAUCACAACAAAGCAAAGUGACAGAGCUGCUGGGGAGACUGAGUGAGGUUCGGGAGAGUCAGAGCACGCUACAGGCAGACUGUGAACAGUACAGGAGUGUACUGGCAGAAACGGAGGGAAUGCUCAAAACGCUUCAAAGGAGUGUAGAGGAGGAGGAGACUGGGUGGAGAACGAGGGUCACAGAGUUGGAGGAGCAGCUGAGGAGGGCAUUGCAGAAGGUGCAGAUGUUGGAGGAGGCAACAGAGAAUUUAAGAGCUGAGAACAAGAAUGCAGAGCAGCUCAAAGAACAUGUAGUGAUUCUGGAGGACCAGCUGGAGAAACAGAAUCAGUCUGAUUCCUCAAACAACCUGAGCCACUCUGAGGAGAUGAAACAGCUGAAGCAACUACUAUCAGAAUCUGAACAUCAACUACAGGCAGCCCAGAAAGAGGCACUUUCACACCGAGAGGAGCUUGCACAGAAUGGAGCCACAUGGAGUAACAGCCUCCUAUUUCAGGUCAGGCAGCAGCUGAGCCAGAUGAAGGACCACGCUGAGAAAUGGGUGGAGAAUGGCCAGUCUGAGCCACAGGCAUGUCAGGUUCAGGCUGAGAUGGAACAGACUGUGGAGAUGCUGCAGGCAGAGCAGGCUCUAAAGCAACAGCUUUCUGAACAAGCAGAGCAGGCUCACAGGGCAGUUGCUGAACUUCAGAUCCAGCUUGAUCUGCUGAGGGCAGCUGGGGAAAACCCCUCAGACACAGAAGAUGUGGCUGAGCUUAAGGAGCGUCUGGAAAAAGAAAGGAAGUUGACUAAAGACUUGGGCCAGGCAGCCACUAAACUCCAGCAGCUCCUGAGGAGCAGCCAGGACCAGCUCACCAAAGAAAAGGAAACUGUCAGGAUCCUUCAGGAGAAACUGCAAGAAAAGGAGGAAGGCACAGAGCUGAAGGAAGGCACUUCGGUCUGAGUUGGACAACACUACAUUUAGCCAAAACUGCCUUAAAAUGACCAAAAUUUUGCAUUCCUGAGUGUUUCGUUGUACUGUAGGUAGGCUGCAACAAUUGUACCCAUCUAAGAAAUCUUAUAUCUUUAACUUUUUUUAGGAUACAUGCUGGAACAUUUUUUACUCAUCAGAAAAUGAACAUUCCAAUGAGAAACUUCUGGCUAUGUCAGAAACUAUUCCUUUACCUGCCUUAUAUUUCCUAAUAUCUUAUUCUGCCCUCUUGUUCAGUGUUAAAAGGGAAAUUGUCUGUACGUUAAAUGUACAUCAACUAGUGCAAUUACUUUUGUUUCAUGGUACAGACAGAACACUUGGUGUGCCCCCUGCUGUCUGUAACUGGCCAAACCCCAUUGUAUAAAUUUGAUAAUGAAUAAAUUAAAAUGGCUUAUGUUACUUUAAUUACAUUUCAUAACCUUUUGUGUGGAUUUAAUUACACCAAAACAGGUGUAUUGAAAACUAUUAAGCAUUUAUACGACACACAAAAAUACUACAAUAAGUUCAGUGUUUUUCAGGGUUUCAGGAUACUUGGCUCAGAUACAACUGAUUACAUCCUCUGAUGCAGUGAGUACAACCAGAAUGAAUUCUGUCAGAACAAGUAUUUGUUUUAUCGUUAAAACAUUUACAUAUCUUCGAGAAUCUCAGUGCUUCAUGUUCUUAUUGGUAUUUGGAAUAUUUAUGCCGGUUGCUGAGUAACUAUGCUGCAUAUUACAAAUCUUUCUGAACAGCAGUAUCAAUAAUUUUGAUGUUAGAUAUAAAUUACUAUUUUUGUAAGAUAUUAUCUUUUUUGCAGAUCAAUGACAGACCAUCUGUCGCGUACUGAUACCACAAAGCCUUUUAUUAUUCGUCCAAAUGUGACCAUACUUCACUGACAUGAACACUGUCUGUCAGUCAGUUUACUUCAUUGGUUCAGGAUCAGAAUCCUUUUUCACCAUUGUGCAAAAUAUUUGAAGAAUCACUGAUGAUUGUGACUUAUUUGGUCAUUUUAAUAUGAAGUUUUUAGGCAAAUCUAAUAGAGCUUAAGUGAAAUUUUUUAGCUUUCCAAAUAUGUUAAUUUCUAAAUGCUAAGCCUCAGUUUCUUAGCCAGUACAAUAUUUUACAACAUGCACGAUCCUGAAUGCAAGGUAGUUGAUAUUGUAUACAUGGUUGUAAGCGAAACUUUGAAUAUCACUGGUCAAAUUUCAUGUGUUGUUCAUCGGGGUUGCAAAGACGUCCUUGGGUGCUGAUGGAGCCACAGGCUCACAUGAGAACACUGGGCAGUGUUGCACUGAUACCACAAAGCUGUUUGAUAUUAUUCAUCCGAAUGGAACCAUCCUUCGGCUGACAUGAACACUCUCAGACAGUUUAUUUCAUUGGUUCAGAACCAGGAUCAAGAUAUAUGAAGAAUCAAUGCUGAUUGAGACUUUAUUUGGUCAUUUUAAUAUGAAGUUUCAGUAAAAUCUAAUGGGG